GCAUUUCAUAUAGCCUAACAGCAGACCGCUCCGCGUAUGCUUUGAGCAAACCUGAUUCAUCGGUUUUGUCAAUUGAGCUGCUGCUGCAAAACCCACGCCACAUCCAAACCAACUUAUCUGCGAGGUUAUUACUUGAUAUUUAGCCACUCCACAUAACCCGCGCAGCCUGUGUGGCGCCUGAGAUGAAGUUCCGGCUCCCACAGUAUGCCUACAUUAUAGGCACGCGCGGCAACGUGAAGGAUCACAUGCGGCGCAUGCUGGUAGAGCAGCACGAGGUGGACCGGUCCGUGUUCAAGGCGGUCACGACAGACAAGAGCGUGCCGCUAGAGCACCGGCUGCAGGUGCAGCGGCUGUUCGAGACGGAGGUGCCGCGAGAUUCGGCGGCCAACCGGGUCGUGAACCGGUGUGUGCUGACGGGGAGAGCACGCGGCGUGCACCGCUUCGCGCGGCUGUCGCGCAUCAUGAUCCGGCAGCUGGCGCACUCAGGGUUCUUGCCGGGCGUAUCAAAGGCGUCCUGGUAGACACGCCCGUCGGCGGAAAUGCGCGCGGCCGGCCCGUGUGACACUCCAUUUGCAUGCUGGAUUUGACCCUGCAACAGCAAGUGUAAUAGCAGGGGGCUUGGUAGGGCGUCAGGCGGGAGCAGUAUGGAGCAGCGGGAUGGAUGAGGGAUGCGAGGAGGAAGCAGUGAGCGGCAACCCACCCGCAUCGGGGCGCACAUCUGUAGCGCUUUGGAAUGGUCAGUGCGGCUGCCCGGGUUGGCAUGGACCUUUGUAUCAUUACUAUUGCCACAAGAGCGGGUGGCGGGUCAGCGCGACAAAGUAGAGAAGAAGUGGCGGUUCAAGAAAGAGAUAAACGGAGGAGCUGGCAGUUGUACGGCAAGCCAUUUUAAGACGCUGCCGGACUGUAAUGACACAAAGGUUGUUGAUGUGAGCUGGGUGGUAUGGUGCUCGGGUGCUUUGUGUGGGUUUCGCUGUUGUGUACUGGCGCGUGUGCGCUUUGGGUACUGCAGUGCUGCUGUUUGGUUGGGCGCAAUUGCAUGUAGAGCCUGGCGUACCUGGUUCUGCGCUUGGUGCUGUACGCAGCGCUUCGUGCGCAGACGCACUUUGCUACAUGUUUGUGGGGCUCUGGCGGGCUUCGGCCGGGCUUCGACUCACGGUGUAGCAGCUGAGACACAGCCAUGACACACAGUUUGGUGAAGGUCGGCAGACGACUUGGGGGAGGGCGGUUUCCCUUCGGGCCGCAGAUGGUCCCUCUUGACCUGGGUGCUGGGCACCCUUGCUUGGUGUGCGAUGGGACAGGGUUUAGGUCCCGUAGGGUGCAGCGGACGCCCAUACCCCAAGCAGACGGCAAACAAUUGACAGCGGCAGAGCAGACGGGGCACCCUUGCUUGGUCGGACUGCCCCUUCUUGUAAUGUCGCAUUCAU